CAACCUCUAUGGACUCCACUUUCCUUUUUCUAUUCAAAUUGAAGAGAUUUAAAUGCUGCCUAUUUAAAAAGUAGGAGACGCAACAGAAACACAAGGUUUAUACAUUUUCUUAAGUUGAAGGAGAGUACAUUACUUUAGGACACAAAGAUAGCAAGGAGAAUUGCGUUCUUUUACCUCUUGGUCACUCUUAAAACCUGGCGAAGUGGAGUUUGCAUUUGGGAGCUCCGGAAUGCUAGAACAAUGUUACUGGACAUGCUCAAAAGUUUUGGAGCCAGCCCUCUUCAACACCCUGGCCAAUCAUGAGCCCACACAUUGUUGCCUAAGAGACCCCGGAUGCCAGCGACAGGAUUUCUAGAUGGUGAUUGGACUACUGAAAACUGGGAGGUGGGGGCUGGAAGGACGCACUGAAAAAGCUGACCUGGUGCAGCUAUGGCAACCCCAGCACUUGAGGCUUGAAGAAGGAGCCCUGCUAAGAGAGGUGUAGUCCUUCUUAUGGAAAAACACUCACUUAUUUCAUGAUGGCAUUUGCCCCUCCAAAAAGCAUAGAUGGCCCCAAAAUGCAGACAAAGAUGAGCACGUGGACACCACUAAACCAUCAGCUUCUGAAUGACCAGGUAUUUGAAGAAAGAAGAGCUCUGCUUGGAAAAUGGUUUGACAAGUGGACAGACUCUCAAAGGAGGAGAAUCCUCGCUGGCCUGCUGGAGCGCUGCUCACUGUCCCAGCAGAAGUUCUGCUGUCGGAAGCUUCAGGAAAAGAUCCCACCAGAAGCCCUGGAUUUUACUACCACACUUCCCAGGGUGUUGUCUGUGUACAUCUUUUCCUUCCUGGACCCCCGAAGCCUUUGUCGCUGUGCCCAGGUGAGCUGGCACUGGAAGAAUUUAGCAGAGCUAGACCAGCUGUGGAUGCUGAAAUGCUUACGGUUUAACUGGUGCAUCGACUUCUCCCCAAGUCCCUUUGAGCAGGGGAUAUGGAAGAAACACUAUAUUCAAAUGGUGAAAAAGCUUCAUGUCACCAAGCCCAAGACACCUCCAAAAGAUGGCUUUGUAAUCACCAAUGUUCAGUCAGUUGCAAGCAGCUCUCCAGGGAAUAAGCAGUCCCCUUUCCAGUCCUCUUCCACAAGAAAAAAGAAUAACCCAGGGGAGAGAGAGCUUCCACCCUGGCGAUCCUCUGACAAGCAUCCAACAGAUAUCAUCCGUUUUAAUUAUCUGGACAACUGUGAUCCCUUCCUGCCCAGCUCCCAAGGAAGAAGGAAACGAAAUGAAAUGACCCCAGAUUUCAGCCACCAGUCACACGAUAAGAAAAACAAACUGCAGGACCGAACUAGGCUAAGAAAAGCACAGUCCCUGAUGUCCCUAAGUCCCAGUGCGCCUCUCAGGGCCCCAGCCCACUGCGCGUGGCCUCAUCGUCUGUGGGACCUCCACCCCCUGGAGCAGCAGCUCAGAUCCUUGCACAGCACCUCCAAAGACACUCCGAGCUUCAGUCUUUCCCUGCCCAGGUUCCUGAAGCCAAGCUGAUUUGAACAUGGGCAAGGACUUCACAGGCAUGACGAGAUGCUCUCCACGGUGGAAAACGGGCUUCCCAGGGGAAUCUCCUAUUACAAACCUUUUCAGUUUAAGUACUUUGUGGUGAAUGUGAGUCCUACAAUUUUUCAGGAAAAAAGAAAAAAAAAAAUUCAUGGGACAAACCAGUGUGGUGGUGCACACCUGUAAUCGCAGAUCAUCAGGAGGCUGAGGCAGGAGGACUGCAAAUGUGAGCCCAGCCUGGGCAACUUAGAGACUUCUCUCCAAGUAAAAUGAGAGGGACUGGGAUGGAGCGCAGGGCUGGAGGGCUUGCCUAGCAAGGGGAAGCUGUGGUUGGAUCUCAUGGCAUAAACCUUGUCAAAUGACUUAGAGCACUGAGGUCGGUACUUUGGGGUUGAUGAAGGGACACUGGGGGCCCCCUGGUAAUACUGUGUACUUGAGGCAGGGUCUGGAAGGAAAUGACAGCACCCCAAGGCCCCUUGGGCAGCUUCAGGAUGAAGCUCCUUGUCCUGGGGGCUGAGUUUGUGAGGGACAGGGUACCUCAUAAAUAAAUGAGUUUAUUUCCUCUCAGUUCUGGAGGCCAAAGCCUAAGGCACAGGUGUCAGCAGGGCCUAUGUGCCUGGUUCACAGAUGGCCUUUGUCUUGUGUCUUUUCAUGUUCUCUUCAGUGUGUCCUAAUCUCUUCUGUGAAGGAUGCUGUCAUACUGGAUCGCCUCGCAGAGCCCCAAGAGCUUUCAAAGCUCUCUUCACAACAGUCCCCUCUCGCGAGCUGGGAGCUAGGACGUUAGCAUAGCAACACGCAGAGGACUAGAUCCAGACCCUAGGGAGCUU